GUUUUGCCGUGAAUAACAUAGUGCAGGUGUUGUGCAACUUUAGAGGAAAACACAAUCAAUCGGUGUAAAAACAGAACCGAACCUGCAGGUGUGUUGUUUGGCACCGCAGAUAAGGACCCAACGCGUUGCCUCUUCCAGCACGUGCUCAUCUCAUCCUCGUCACCGUUUCUCCGGUUCCGGUUUGUUGCUUUUGCUUGCGGGUGUGUGUGUGCGCGCGCGAUUACUCGAUGCAUUCGUUCGUGCGUUCGUCGUGUGCCGUCGUCAAAAAUUCCUUUGUGCUGAACCAGUGCGGACGUCCCGUGUUGCUGAACGCUGCUGCUACAUUCCACACGUCGAAGAUGGUGCAAAUUAAGGAAGGGGACAAGAUACCUUCAAUCGACCUGUUUGAGGAUUCGCCCGCCAACAAGGUAAACAUUGCGGACCUUUGCUCAGGCAAGAAGGUGAUCCUGUUUGCCGUCCCUGGAGCCUUCACGCCCGGCUGCUCCAAGACCCACCUGCCCGGAUAUGUCGACAAAGCGGGAGAUCUAAAAUCAUCCGGUGCCACCGAGAUCGUGUGCGUAUCCGUGAAUGACCCGUUCGUGAUGUCGGCCUGGGGCAAACAGCACAACGCCAGCGGCAAGGUACGCAUGCUGGCCGAUCCGGCUGCGGCAUUCACGAAGGCGCUCGAGCUCGGUGCCGAUCUGCCACCGUUGGGUGGGCUGCGGUCGAAACGCUACUCGAUGGUGCUGGAGGAUGGCGUGGUGAAGUCGCUCAACGUCGAGCCGGACGGUACCGGGCUAUCCUGUUCGCUGGCUGACAAGAUCAAGCUGUAAACCCGGUCGAAUCGUAUCGUCAUAAACCGCCAGCACGCCUUCACCGGCUCUUCGCACUGUUUUACUCACAACCUAUAGCAAUAAUGUGUAUGGUUCAAUGAUUCAAUGGUUGUACCUUUUACUCUCAAUCUCUCGAUAAUAAUUAUCAAUUAGGACACAGUACACACCUACUCACACAUACUGAUAAAUAGUCCAGAAUCGACACUAUUAACAGAAUCUAUCCUUCCUCCUUUCCGUAUUUGGCCAGGAUGGACGGACACGCGCGGGAUAGAAAUACGGGAUGAAUGGAUUAUAAUCGAAAUUCUACAACAUUUGAUACAAUUAUCGCUGUACCGUCGAAUGCCUCUCGAUUUUCGAAUUAUUUCUUCGUUCCUUUCAUAACGAUGGUAAAAAUCAUAUUUUUAUCCAUCUGUCCUUUUUGGAGCGAUUGUAUGGAGCGGUGAUCAAAUGGACGGGAAGAGAAGAAAUAUACCAAAAACCUGCACCCGGAGAACAAUAAUUAGUUGGAUAUCAUGAUAGGAAUAGGGAUUAGUGCCACAUACAACACCCAUCAUUCGCGACACAGCUUUGCCGCUUAAAUAUCUCUCUCUCUCUACAUCGAUGUUCCUUACGUGCACAUCCAAACGAGAGCCAGAUAUAUGCUUUAUGAUGUCAAUUCCAACACAAAUCAAUCAGCGACCGUAUAAAACCGUAUGAUAGGCCAAUUUUGGGAUGGGUCCUACCGCAUAAUGAUGGCGAAGAACGUGAACGUGUAGUGUGUUGGGCGAGAUUCGUUGAAUUUAAAAAUUGAUGGAAUAAAAUUCAAACUGCAUGCAAUUUUUUAGGAAUACGAUUUGCUAUGCGAUAUAGGUACAACUAUUAAC